AUGAAUGCUCUCAGCCGUUCCAUUAGGUCCCUUUGUACAUCAACGGAGGGUGGAAGCGGUGGGGAGAGAAGAGGGGGAACUGCCAUCAUAUUGGGAUUGAUGAUCUGCCAGGCCAAGAGCCACCCGAGCUUAAUUCCAUUCUUUGUCUUCAUUGGUGCUGGAAGUGUUGAAGCAAGCAUGUAUCUCCUGUGGCUUGCUGUCCAUAACCCUGAUGUGAGCUGGAAUCACAAGAACAACCCUGAGCAUUGGGAUAAGUUAGCAUCCACUCAGCAGUACAAGUUCUUUACUGUGAACAUGGACUACAGCAAACUGAAGAAGAAUCAACCAGACUUCUAA